ACCAAAGAACUAAAAUUAAUAAAAUUAAAUAAAAAAAACUCAACUCAUAUUAAAUAAAAAUUUAAAUGAAUUGUGUAAACGUAAAUAAAAACUAAAAUCAAUAAUUUAAAUAAAAUACGAAAAACCUAAAAAGAAAAUGAAUAAAGUUUUACCCUGGGAGCAUUUUGAAAAUCUUUAUAAAGAACUAAUAGGUCAAAAUAGUAACGAUAGUUCUAGUGGUGGUGGCCACAGUGGCUUAGGAUCUGGUCCACCGGGUACACCAAAUCCACAGCAAGUUAUGCGUCCCACACCCUCACCCACUGGCUCCUCGGGUUCACGUUCUAUGUCUCCAGCAGUGGCACAAAAUCAUCCUAUAUCGAGACCCUCUAGUAAUCAAUCUAGCAGUGGACCCAUGCAACAGCCAGGAGGUGGUCCUCCUGGUCCACCAUCUCAACAAACAUCGCAACAACAGCAAUCUCAACAAGGUCCGGGAGUUCCAAACUCUUCCUCGUCGGCGAGUAAUUCGCCUCAACAGCAGCAGCAGGGACCGCCCUCUGGUGCGUCAGGUGGCCCACCUGGUUCUCAGCAACAGCCACCACCGCCACCAAAUCAGAAUGUCAAUAAUCUGCCCUCACAGCCAUUACCUCCACAGGGUCCUGGUGGUGGCCCUGGUGGCUAUCCCUUACCGCCUCAUAUGCAUGGCAGCUAUAAGUUGGGCGGCCAAAGUCCUGGUCCUCAGGGCAUGCUUUCCGGUUACCCGCCACCACCGCCUCAGCAAGCUCAACAAUACUCUCAAGGAAGCUAUCCACCACGACCACAAUACCCGCCAGGUGGUUAUGCUCCCACACCACCUCCUUCUAGCCAAGCUUCCGGUGCUAAUAGUAUGCCACCGGGCAGUGGUCCCCAGCAGUAUCCGGGUGGCCGGCCAAUGCCCAACCACAGUGGUCCCGGUCAAUAUCCACCCUAUCAGAAUUGGGUACCACCUUCGCCACAACAAGGUGGCCCUGGUGGUCCACCACCCGGCGGUCCCGGUGCUCCUGGUGCUGCGGCCAUGGGUAAUCAUGUUCAGGGCAAAGGCACACCACCUCCACCUCAAGGCAGUGGCUCUCCAAGACCCCUUAACUAUCUAAAACAACAUUUACAACAUAAAGGCGGUUAUCCCGGUGGUCCGGGCGGUCCUCCACAAGGCUAUGGCAAUGGUCCUGGUAUGCAUCCCGGUAUGCCUAUGGGACCACCACAUCACAUGGGUCCACCACAUGGUCCUACCACCAUGGGACCUCCGCCCUCUACACCGCCGCAAUCGAUGAUGGUUGGUGCUGGUGGUGAAACGAGUAGCGGUGGUUCUGGUGGUCCUCCACCACCGCCAGAUCAUAUAUCACAAGACAACGGUCUAAGUUCUAGUUCAUCGAGUUCGGCUCCUGGUGGUCCACAACACCCUGUGACUUCGGUGGUGACUACUGGUCCAGAUGGUGCUCCCAUGGAUGAGGCCAGUCAGCAGAGUACAAUAUCAAAUGCAUCAGCAGCUUCUGCUGAAGAUCCCCAAUGUACUACACCAAAAUCGCGCAAAAAUGAUCCCUAUGGCCAAAGCCAUUUGGCACCACCAAGCACUUCUCCCGGUGGUAUAGGAGGUGGACCACAUCCUGGUCAUCCCGGUGAAGAUUAUGAAAUGAAUUCACCACCCAAUUGGGCUAGAACGCCAGCCAGUCCGGGUUUCAAUAGUCAUGUUCCUCAACAAGAUACUUUCCGUACAACGGCCACACCCGUAACCACAGUCGUCUCAGCGUCUGCCAAGAAAUCCGAUAGUCUUUGUAAACUUUACGAAAUGGAUGAUAAUCCCGAUCGACGCGGUUGGCUUGAUAAAUUGCGAGCAUUUAUGGAUGAGCGGCGUACCCCAAUAACAGCCUGUCCAACCAUCUCGAAACAGCCGCUCGAUCUUUAUCGUUUAUAUUUGUACGUUAAAGAACGAGGCGGAUUCGUCGAGGUAUGCAAGGUAACAAAAAGUAAAACCUGGAAAGAUAUUGCCGGUCUAUUGGGUAUUGGUGCAAGCAGUAGUGCUGCGUAUACAUUACGCAAACACUAUACGAAAAAUCUAUUGGCAUUUGAGUGUCAUUUUGAUCGUGGCGAUAUAGAUCCAUUGCCGAUAAUACAACAAGUAGAGGCUGGUACAAAGAAAAAAUCAACCAAAGCAGCUUCAGUACCAUCGCCAGCUGUUGUAAAUAUUAUAGCUGGUUCAUCAAAUUCACAAGAUUCAUUCCCAGCCCCUGGUGGUGCUGCCAAUACAUCGAUGGAUGGUUAUCCACAAUAUCCAGGUAGUUAUCCCGGUGGUCCGGGACCACAGCCAGAUUAUGGUGCGGCUGGACAAAUGCCACGACCACCAUCACAAAGUAAUGCGCAAAGUCCACAUCCAGGUACAAAUAAUCAAACAUCUACGGCACCUGGUGGUGGUGGUGGUGGUGUUGGAGGCGUUGCAAGUGGUGGUAGUGAUAAUAUAAGUGUCAAUAAUCCAUUUGAUGAGCCUGUAGGCAGUGGUGGUGUUGCAUCAGCUUCUAAUACAACUGCCAGUGCUACAACUGGUGCACCACCACCUUCUAGUGCUGCACCUCAGUCCCAUCCACCACAUCCUUCAAAUAUAAGACCACCUUAUCCUCCUGGUGGACCAUACCCGCCACCGGUGUCUCGUACACCAGGUUCUCCUUAUCCUGGACAACCCGGAGCUUACGGACAAUAUGGUUCAGGUGAUCAAUACAAUGCUACCGGGCCUCCUGCCCAGUUUGGCCAACAACAGGGCCAAUUUCCGCCUCAAAAUCGUAACAUGUACCCUCCCUAUGGACCCGAGGGAGAAGCACCACCUUCUGGCUCGAAUCAAUAUGGUCCUUAUGGAAAUCGUCCAUAUAGUCAACCACCUCCCGGUGGUUCGCAGACCCCUACUCCUCCUGGUGCUCCUACAGCUGCUGGCGGUCCACCCCAAAGUGGUCCUCCAGCACCUGGCAGCUCACCAUAUCCUCCACCCGGUGCUCCUGGCCAACAAGAAUAUUAUAGGCCUCCAGAUCAGGGACCUCAGCCACGACGUCAUCCAGAUUUUGUUAAAGACUCACAGCCUUAUCCUGGCUACAAUGCACGACCUCAGCUUUAUGGUGGUUGGCAAGGUGGUUCGAAUCAAUAUCGUAAUCAAUAUCCAUCAUCUCCAUCGCCUCAAGCAUGGGGUGGAGCACCGCCACGAACCUCAGCUCCACCGACUGGUCCAUUGGGACCGCCCGGUCAACAACAGCCACCAGCUGCCGGUGCCGCUCAAUGGGAUCAGCAUCGUUAUCCGCCACAGCAGCAACAACAGCCACCACCUCCUCAACAGCAGCAGCAACAACAGCAACAACAACAACAGCAGCAGCAACAGCCACAGCCACCCUAUCAGCAGCAACAACAGCAAGGACAACAGCAGCCGACACCACCACAGUGGGCACAAAUGGGUGGAGCUGGCACUGGCGCACCUGGAGCACCACCAAGUGGAGCGCCAGGAUCUCCUUUAAGGCCUCCCAGUGCUGGUCAACAACAACGUAUGCCCGCCAGCGGCGGUCCCGGUGUUAAUAUGAAUGUGGGUGUAGGACCUGGAAUAGGUCCUCAAGCCGGGCCACCAGGUGCACCUCCCAACACCAGUAAUGCUUCGGCAGGUAAUGUUCAAAUGCCUCCCGGCAGUAUGGGUAAACCGCCCUUCUCCAUGCCUCCACCACCACAGGCUGGCGGUGGUAGUAAUGUUGCUGCCCCGCCAGGCAGUAAUCAAGGACCUGCUGGCACUGGCAUUAUGCCACCCGGUGUCAUGGGCAAUCAGCAAAAGCCCAUGGGUAUCGUAGGUGGUCCCGGUGUAGUGGCGAGCAAUGUUCCACCACAACCUCAACAGCCGCAGCAGCCACCACAAGCAUUCGCUCCCCCCAUAGGCCCUGCUGCUCAAUUAAUCAAGAAGGAAAUCGUAUUUCCUCCCGAUAGUGUGGAGGCUACCACACCGGUAUUAUACAAACGUAAACGCUUAAAUAAGGCUGAUGUUUGUCCCGUCGAUCCUUGGCGUUUAUUUAUGGCCAUGCGUUCGGGGCUUUUAACCGAAUGUACUUGGGCUUUGGACGUUCUAAAUGUCCUGCUGUUUGACGAUUCCACAGUACAAUACUUUGGUCUAUCACAUUUGCCCGGUUUAUUGACUCUGCUGCUGGAGCAUUUCCAAAGGAAUCUCGCCGAUAUGUUUAACGAGGAGGAGAACAAUGAACAGAAACAUUUAGCCAACAGUGUUAAAAAUGCUAAAAAGAUCAAUAACAAGCGCAGCAUCUUGCACAGCAGCAUGCGCAAACGAGCUAGCGAGUUGUCCACCAUUAAACAGGAGGAUGAAUUACACAAACAAACCAGCAGAUUACAUGACAAUACAACAGCAGCAUCAUCAUCAUCCGAUUAUGACAUGGAAAACGAGCGUUUAUUUGCCGAGGAUGAGCAUCAUGUGCUGGAUGACUCUGAUGAAGACGAAGGCAUUGAUUUGGGCCAAGUUAAAAAUCAAGCCAACCCCGAUGAACGUGUGAUAUUACUGGCCCAUACACCCAACUACACAAUGAUGUCGCGUAAAGGUCUGCCUGUGCGACUACAGCCUGCCGAACAAGACAUUUUCAUAACCGAUGGCCUCAAGUCGUGGGACAUUGAGUUUAGUGGCAACUAUGAGGAGACUGCGCCGGUUGGCAGCAAUGCCUGGACCUAUGGCUUUACUGAUCCAGAUAUAAAUGCGGGCAUUAUUGAUGUGUUCAAGUCAGAAUUUGUAGACAUUCCAUUUGCCCGUUACAUCAAAGGCAGCCAACGCAACGGCAUCAACAGUUGCAAAACGAAGACUAAAGACAGCAUGAUGAAACAAGUAAAAGCGGAAGAACAAGAAAAAGAGCAGGAAAGCAAACAGCCCAAAUCAGAGCAAAGUGAUAAAGUUCUGGAAGCCGCGCCAGCAGAUGAAGAAGAGGAUGAAGCUGAAGCCAGACUGCAGCAGAAUACUUUCAAUAAGAAACGAAGACUUUUCCAUAACUCCGUUUUGAAUGCCAACCCAAACACCAGCCACAACAGCACUAACAGCGAAACAGCUGCUGGUGAUGCACAAGCCCUAGAACCUAGUGAAGCCAAGAAAACUAAGCUGGAUGAACAAGACAAAACUGUUGAAAUUAAACGUGAGGAAGACAGUGAAAUGACAGCAGCUACAGCUCCCUCGGACAGUGAUUGUCGAGAGGUAGACAUGGAAUUGGAAACAAUCCAAACCACCAAAGACACGGCCACAUCGAAACAGCAAAAAUUCGAUCCCAAGUCAACAAUAAGAGAUCCAGCUUUAGUGCUGCAACGCCGUCGUUCCUCGUCGUCGCUCGAAGACGAAUGCAAUACCCGCGAUGAGUCUAGUUUGUAUUUGGUCAACGAAAGCCAGGAUUCCAUGGCUCGUCGUUGUAUCUGCAUUUCAAAUAUAUUCCGAAACUUGAGCUUCGUGCCCGGUAACGAAACAAUUCUAGCCAAAUCCUCCAGAUUCCUGGCAGUGCUGGGUCGUCUUCUGCUGCUCAAUCAUGAGCAUUUGCCGAGAACACCUAAGAACCGUAACUACGACCGAGGCACCGAGGAAGACACUGAUUUCUCCGAUUCUUGUAGUUCGCUGCAGGGAGAACGCGAGUGGUGGUGGGAAUACUUGAUUAGUAUACGUGAAAAUAUGCUGGUAAUAAUGGCCAAUAUAGCGGGUCACUUGGAUCUUUCGCGCUACGAAGAGCUGAUAGCCCGGCCCCUUAUCGAUGGUCUAUUACACUGGGCUGUAUGUCCUAGUGCCCAUGGUCAAGAUCCCUUCCCCUCGUGCGGUCCUGCUUCCUCGCUUUCACCCCAAAGACUUGCCCUGGAGGCUCUGUGUAAAUUGUGUGUCACCGACAACAAUGUCGAUCUAGUGAUUGCCACACCACCCCACUCUAGACUAGAAAAACUAUGUGCUGUACUAACGCGUCACUUGUGCCGCAACGAAGACCAAGUGUUAAGGGAAUUUUCGGUUAAUCUGUUGCAUUAUUUGGCAGCUGCUGAUAGUGCCAUGGCACGAACGGUGGCCCUACAGUCGCCCUGCAUCUCCUACUUGGUGGCCUUCAUCGAGCAAGCUGAACAAACUGCCUUGGGAGUUGCGAACCAACAUGGCAUCAACUAUUUGCGCGAAAAUCCCGACUCGAUGGGCACCAGUUUAGACAUGUUGAGACGAGCUGCCGGCACGCUGCUGCAUUUAGCCAAACAUCCCGACAACCGAUCUCUAUUCAUGCAACAAGAACAAAGACUUUUAGGUCUGGUGAUGUCACAUAUUCUGGAUCAACAGGUGGCUUUGAUAAUUUCCCGAGUACUAUUCCAAGUAUCGCGAGGACCCGGCACCAGCGCCAAUUCACUCGAAUACAGACUGCAACAGAAACAGUUGCAGCAAAAAAUGCAAGAGACAGCAGCAAACGAAAAGAAAUCACAGGGAUUAGGUUUAAACUCCUCCUCUACAUCUGCGACGGCCACAAUGACGAUGUCAAUGUCUAACUCGUUAAUGGCGAGCAAGGAGUCAAAUAAUAGUGCGACAGAAUUAAAAAUUGAAUCUGUGAAAACAGAGGCUCACGAGACAACAUCUAUGUCCAGCAAUGAUGCUGCCAACAACGCAGUAAGUGCUGAGAGUGGUGGCGGUGUAGCAGCAACGGAAACAGCUGUAGCCAACAUCAGUAAACCUUCCUCAUCCUCUAUGAUUAUGUCUGCCGAUGAAAAUAGCAACAGCAGUUCGCAGAUAACACCCUCGGCUGCCUUCAACGAUGUCAGCAACAGUAGUACAAAUAGCAAUAGUUGUGGUACUGCAGCCAGUUCUCACAGUAGUCUUAGUCAGAAUAGCAUGAAUAGUUCCAUGGGUGGUUGCAGCAAUAACAGCAGUUCCAACAAUGCCGCCGCUCUGCAUCAUCUGCAAGCAAAUAAUAGCAGCAGUAGCAUGACAACGUCAGCAGCUAUGGCUGCAGCUGCGAUGCCACCAACUACGGCGGAACACUUGAAGAGUAAUAUUUUAAGUUCAAACACCAAUUCUCCAUUGGCCAGCAGCAGUAGUAGUAGCACUAGCAGUAAUAUUGGUACAAGCAGUAGUGGUAGUAAUAGUUUACAAUUAAACAAUAGUAAUUCGACGACAAGCUCCUCAUCUAAUCAGCAACAGAUACCGGCACCGCCGCCACCACCACCUACGGCGUCAGCGCCAUCGCAAGCUCCAACUGCAAAUACCUCAACGACCGCAGCGGUUGCGUAGUAUACAAUGUUACAGGCUGCUGAGAAUACAGCAGUUGCCUCAACAAUGUUUGCUUAUCACCAUCAACAACAACAGCAGCAACAGCACCACCAUCAUCAACAGACACAACAGCAUCAGCCACCACCACCACACCAUAAUCUAGCGCAACAUACUCCUCAUAUGUGGUCACAACCUUUACCCCCACUUUCUCUUCCACCACCACCUCUUAAUGUCAGCACACCCACUAAUACAACCAGUCUAAUGGAAAUGCAUUUCAAUAAUAGCAGCCAAGAUGAAGCGCCAGCAACAUUUCAUCCGCCAUCACCUCAACAACAGCCGACACAACAACAUUUUCCCAAUAUUACAGCCAGAUCAAUAAUGCCAACACAAGCACAACCUCCUUAUAGCAGUCAACCGCAACACCUUCACCAUCAUCAUGCUCAUUUACAGCUGCAACAGCAGCAUUUGCAUGCUGUCCAUCACCAUCAUCUACCGAAUCCUCAAACUCAGCCACAACAACAGCAGUCACCAACCCAGCCACCCCAGCAACAACAACAACCACAACAUCAACAUGACUCAAGAGAUCAGGUUAAAUUUUAAUUUUUAAAAUAUUAAUUAUUUCUUCGUUUAAUUUAAAAAAACAAAAACAAUGAUUUUGUCUUUCUUGUCUUGUCUUUCUUUUUUUUCAUCGUUUUUUUAUUAAGAAAAGUUUGAAUAUUUCAGACGAUAUAAUUAUUUUUGCACAUUUUUUUUUUGUUUGUUAGUUAUUAUUAUUUUAUUUUUUUUUAUAAUAAAUUGAUAUUUUUGUUUAUCAACGUUUGAAUGAAAUAAUAAAAGAAGAUGAAGAACAACAAAAGAAUUAAAAAAAAACAUAGACAACGUUAUAUACAAAAGAGAAUAGUUGGAUUAAACACAUUUCUUAAGAGAAUGUGUUGCUAGACAAUUGGAAUUGUUUAUAAAUUUUUUAUUGAAACAUUUGUACAAUUCACAACAGCCAGCCAAUUGUAUUUUCAUAUGUUAAAAAAGCCAUGCAUUCAAAAAGAAGAAGAAAAAACAUCUUCGAAAUUUAUAUAAAAUUAAAUUAAAAAAAAAAAAAAACUAAAUUAAUUAUAGCUCUAAUAUUAAUUAUUUUUCAUUUUAUUUCACUUUAAAACACGGUUUGUUUACUUUAUAAAAUAAUUCUUCUUCUAUUUUGUCUAUUAACAAAUUGAGCAUUCACCUGAGAAUGAUAGUUUGACAUUGAAAAUAAACUUAAGAAAAACAAACGUAAACAUAUAGGCGUGAGCUUUUUAAUGAAAACUGCCAAUAAAAUGUUUACAAUUCUAUAAAAUUAUGCGAAAAUACAUGAAAUAAGUUGGGACAAGAGAGUUGUGAAUUGGUCAAUUAUACAUUAUUAGAAUUUUAGUAUUAAUUUGUGGAAAAAGUAUUUGUUUUCUUUAUAAAUAGAAGGGAAUUUUAAGGAAUAAAUCAUGUUAAAUUAUUUGUCAUUUUGUUUACCUUUUUUCAUUCGUUAUAUAGAUUAAUUAGUUGUUGGGAAUUAUGUUAAAAAAUUCAUAACAUAUUUCAUAAUUAGAAGAAUUUAUAUUUUAUAAUUUCUUUGGCAACAUUAUCAUGUUUAUAAACAAGAAUUCGGUUUUGAUUUUCUUUAUGCCACCAAUUUCCAUCAUUUACAAGCCCUUAAUAGCAGUAGUGUAGCAUGACAAAGUUUAGCAGCCAAUGACGGCAGCGGGAACGGCACCAACUACGGCUGAACACUUGAAGAGUAAUAUUUUAAGUUCAAAGACCAAUUCUACAUUGGCCAACAGCAAUAGUAGUACCUCUAGCAACUUUUUAAUGAAAUAUUUGUUGAAUUCCUAAAGCAAAAGAUUUCAUGGAAUUCUAAAAGCACUAUAUGGCUUAAAAACAUGAUUUUUUGGGAAACUUCCUAUAAUUUUAACAAAAGUUUUUCAAUAUUAUCUUUAGCAACAUUGUUCUGCUACAAAUUGUUCCCAUUUUUUUCUUUUAAAAAGAACAAUAUUCAGUUGUAAGUCUCCUUUAGCAACAUAAUGUUGCUUUAAAAUUACUUUAAGAUUAAACUUCAAUUGUAAAUUUUGCUAAAAUCUCAAGUCACUUCUGCAACACGGUCCUGUGCCAAUAUUUUGUUUAUAAACAUGUUGUUAUCAGUUUGUAAACUUAUCAAAUGUUUGUUUAGAUAUUUCCUUUUGCAAAUUUUACCAAAAUUUUGCUUAUAAACUUCAUUGUUUUCUUCAAAAGGAAAGUUUUUAAGAAAAUCUUUAGCAAUAUAUCUCGUAUAAGCAUGACAUUUAAGAAAUUCUCCAGCUUAAACAAAAGUUGUUAAACAUUUUCCUACGCAAAAUUUUACUUUGUUAACAUUUUCUAAAGAAUAGAAAAGAUCUAUUUUUGUGUUUAUAAACAUGACAUUUUAUGCUCUGGUUGUCUUUAAACAAUAUUUGGUUAUAAUUUAAACAAAAGUUUAUAAACAUUUUCUUUAGCAACUUUAUCCUGCUUCAAAAUAUAAUGUUUAUAAACAAGUUACUUUAAAAUCUUUUGGUUUUUGAAAAAGAGCAAACUUUAAGUAUAAAUUUAGCAAAUAUCUGGAGACAUUUUCUUCUACAUUUUUUUCCUCUGGUCCAAUAAUAUGUUUAUAUACAUUAUUGUUUAAACUCUACUUCUCUUCAGAAAGUAUGUAACAAGUUUUAGUGGCACAUCAAACAAAAGUUUUAAAAUAAUUUAUCUAGUAACAUUUCCCUUUGCCUAAUGGAAGUCUUUAAACAUUUUCCUUUGCCUGAAUAAUGUUUAUAAACAUGUCAUGUUGCUCUUAAAAGAGAAAAAUGUAAAUUUCAGUUAAGAUUUUUCUUAAACAACACUUUUUGCUCAAAAUUUUGUCAAAAACUGGACUUUUUGUUAAAUUUUUUUCUCCUUGGAACAAUAAGAUCAUAUUUUCAAACAAUGUUUAUAGACAUUUUCGUUCUUUUAACAAUAUUAGUAUUAAGUUUAUAAACAUUUCAAUAUAAAUUCUCUUCGUUUUUAUCAAAGAAAACAUUUUCUGUAGCAAAAUCCUAUUUACAAAUAUUUCUUUAAAAGUUUUUUAUUUAUUCUUUAGGUGUUAAUAAAAAAGUUUAUAAACAUUUUCUUUAGCAACUUGUUCUCUUUUUGUGUUUAGAAACAUGUCAUUAAAAACUCUUUCAAAAGCCUGAUAAUUAUUUGUAAAUAAUGAAAACACAACUUAAUAUGAACAAAUUCCAACAGCAUAAAAAAAAUAUUAAUUAAAUACUAUUACUAACAAUGCAACGAAUUUAUUUCCAAGUUGCUGCAACAUUAUUUAGAAAAGAAAACUCUAUAAAUAUAGGAUUACUUACAUAAACAUGGAUAAAUUGACAAGUAUAAGACAGACAACAAGAACAAACAUUAAACACAAUAGGAAUUAUUUUUUCUAAAUUAAAACAAAUACAAAAAUUUAAACAAUUUAUAUAGAUAUUACUUAAAAAAAAACAAACCAAGCUAAAGCAAGAGUAAGAGAAAGAAACGAAAUUAAAUAUAAAAUAAUAAUUAAACAAGAAAUAACUGAAUAACUGAUUAUAAAGAAACCCUAUAUUAUGAAAAAAGGUUUAAAUACUUAAAUUGCACAUAAAAACAAAAAUACAACAAAUUAUAAAACUUUGUAUAGAGAUUUUUUCCCCUUUAAGCGUAAAGCAUUAAAUAAUAUAAUAAAAAAAA